UCAUGAACUCGCUCAUUUCAGGUUGCAAGACACAGCAAAAAGUUGUCGCGUCGCUCCAGUCGAUAGCUCUCUCUUCAAAUGAAUGGGAUUGCGUCGCUUUGUCGCUUUGUCGCUGCGUGUCGCUGGUGGACGCAGUAGCCUACGCUUUUUUGCUAACCUUGCAGGCUUGCUUUGGUUCUGUCAUGUGAUAAUUCCUGCGUUUUACAGCCAACAGACAAACAAACCGCUUCUGAGACGAACGCUCACCCUGAGAAGAGACUGAACCUGCUGCACGGUUAUCAUGGGGUGCUGUUUCAGCAGCGACCAGGACAACUCAAAGAAGCCAUUGAUUCCUGACCCAAACUUAAACGCAGUAACCACCAAUGGCUCGGAGCAAAAUGCAGACAGCCUGCCGUCCAACCGCACAGAUGAACAGGCCCUGCUCACGACCAUCCUGCAGCGGACAGCCCUGAACAUAAUUGACGUGUCGGCUGUGAUUUCUCAAGGCCUGGAGCAACAUGAAUACAUGGACCGAGCCAGACAGUACAGCACAAAGCUUGGGGUCUUGAGCAGUUCGCUGUCUCAGAAGAAGCCCGUUCCUCUUCCGUCACUGACCAGCCAACCUCACCAGGUGCUCGCCGCUGACCUGGUCCCCUACGCAGAUCUACAGCAGGUCUCUAAGAUCGCUGCAUAUGCCUACAGCGCCAUCUCACAAAUCAAAGUAGAUGCCAAGGAAGAGCUGGUGGUGCAGUUUGCUAUACCAUGAUUCAAAAGAUGGACCUCCUCCCUUCCCUCACUUCCACAAUCAAGCUGCUACGAUUGCUUUGGUGUUUUUUUUUCUUCUUCUAUUGGCUUUUCAGUGUCUUAAUUGGUUGGAGAUUGUAGCACAUCCAGACUUCUCAAUUAUUCUAUUUGUACUAAAUUUAAUUGUAUUUACUCAGUUUGGCUGGGUCGUCUUAACACAUAGUUAAUGGUUUAAGUUCUUCCGUAGAAUUCUAGAAUCACUGUGGUUUAGAUCUCAUUAUUCGUAAUUCAGUUCGUAAUUUGUUUUUCUCUGUUUGCCAAUAGACUAAUAGAAUCAGGUUAGACGCCAUAUUGGAUUUUAUAUGGAUGAAAAUGAGGCUGUGAGGGAUAAACCUGUAGUCUUUACAAUGGCUCACAGUGUAUAAUAGAUCAUGUAAUUCCAGAACUUUUAAAACUGUUGAGAUUUGUUUACUGAAAGUGUUUUGUCAGCUGAACGAUUGCUUUGUUGUUACACAGCAGCACAAUCCACUAAAUACACUGUAAACACAGCCUUGUUUUCAGCGUGGUCUGUCUAACGAAUAAUCAUACUGUCAGCUCCGAAUGUUUUGGAUGGGGAGGCGGGUUUGAAUUGGAAUUAUUAGUUUGUAAAUGAUGUUUUUGUGUCAAUGCCUUUAAUGUACAGAGUGUAAAAUGACAACUGGCGUUCUUUCUUGACAGAGUUUGAAGUAUGUUUGUGUAAUUAUUUUGACUUUAUGUACAUCUCUAGAUCAUGGCAAGGCACUUUAGUCUUUCUUUGAGAUUUUUAAAGGGAUAAAGUGCACUGCAAUACUUUAUUUUUCCUGUUGCAAUGUACUACGUGUUUGUUACCUAAAUGUGGAAUACUACCUGAUUUACAGAGAAUACUUUACUUGGGCUAGUACCAAUACACUCAAUAUACUGUUAAUACAGUUAUUUUUGUUUUUAAUAAAAUUAUGCAAUAAAGA